GUGAGUCGUAAAACCGAAGGGAAAAACAUCCUUCAGUCGUGAAACCGAAGAAACUUCACUCAAUCUCAGUCGAUCUCUCCCGUCCUCCGAAUCUCCAGUCUCUCCUCCGACAUCCGAUUGCGCUUGCUGAAGCAAUGGCGAGAGCGGGAGGCAUAACGAACGCGGUGAACGUGGGCAUCGCAGUGCAGGCGGACUGGGAGAACCGCGAGUUCAUCUCCCACAUCUCCCUCAACGUCCGUCGCCUCUUUGAUUUCCUCGUCCAAUUCGAAGCUACGACCAAGAGUAAGUUGGCGUCGUUGAAUGAGAAGCUCGAUCUCUUGGAGCGUCGUCUUGAGCUGCUCGAAGUCCAAGUGGGUACUGCAUCAGCGAAUCCAGCCCUUUUUAACACUUGAAACGCGUAUCUGUUGGCGUCUUGUAAGCUCUCUAUUAUCUGCAAAUUCAUGGGUCUUGUGUCCCAUUCUGAAGAGUAGUGGACCCGGCUUGGUGCUUUUAGGUUGAUAUACGAGUUGAUGGGUGUAAAAAGUUCUUACUGGGGAUUGUAGCUUAUUGGUAGGAAGCAAUCUUGGAGGACUACUGGAAAAAAAGUUGUAAUAUUCUGGCUUAUUAAACAGCUCUCUGAUAUGUUACUUUGUGA